GUCACUCGGAGAGGACGCGCCCGCUCUCGCGAGACUGGCCGCCAGAGCCACCGGUGGGCGGCGGAGGGUGAGCACCGGCCAGACGACAGCCCGCAGCCCGGAGCCGCAGCCCCGACACCGCCCCGCCCCACCCCACCAUGUCGGCUCCCGCUCCUCUCAAAGGGAUUUUGAAAAACAGGAAAGCGGCGCAAUGCGAACAGAACUCGGCCCUGGAUCUAUCGGUCGAGGAGGAGGAGGAGUACAAUAAAAAGACACAAAAAUGGGAUGAAAUGAACAUUCUUGCUACCUAUCAUCCAGAAGGAAAGGAUUAUGGGUUAAUGAAAAUUGAUGAACCCAGUACACCAUACAACAGGAUGGUAGGAGGUGAUGAUGAUGAAGCUGGAAUGAGUGACUCUGAAUCAAACAUAAAUAUUACUGCAGCAGAGCUAGCAGAAAAGUUGAUAGCAGCUAAGGGAAGUAAUCCCAAAAUCUUUGAGCAUUCGAAGGAAGAAAGCAGUGAAGAAGAGGAAGAAUUAACACCAGAAGAACAAGAAAACAAGAAACAGUUUGAAAUGAAGAGGAAAAUGCAUUACAAUGAAGGCAUGAAUAUCAAAUUAGCAAGACAGUUAAUAGCCAAGGAACUUGAAGAUGCUGAAGAUGAGGAUGACUUGAAAGGAUCCCCAGACGUAGAGGACUUUGAAGAUGAUACAGAUGAGGAACUUCCUGAAAAUGAAGAUCCAGAUUCAUAGAACAUAGCCAUUCUUAGAAUCUGGCACAAAAAUGUACCAGUUAACAGCAUUAGCCAUCAAUAAGUUUUAACUUAUUGAUAUACUGUGGUGUCUCAUGGACAAUUGAACUUGAAUUCAGAGAAGUGAAGUUUCAUCUGUGCAGUCAGAAUUUUGCAGUCCGUGUAUUUCUACAGUAAUAUAAAUAAAACCUUUUUGAGAGGUGGGCAGGAGGUGCCUGUCUGCCUGUUUUUUGCGCUUGCACUGGAAUUGGAUCACUGAAGAAACACUUUUCUGGAAAAUGCAAUAGCAGUGAAUUUAUUGCUUAGUACAUAAAACAGAACAUCCUACAGCUCCAUACUUUGAUCAGCUUGAGAUAUUUCCAUAUGUGUGAUAUUGUGUUGAUUGGUUAAGUUCCUAUGGACACCUGUGUGUUUUUUUUUUGCUGUUUUGACAUCAAGUUACCAGUUCUGGUUCAUAAUUUCAUUUUUUUUUUGAUUUGGCAGUGGAGCUUUCCUUUUGAAAAGUGUUCAAGAUGGAAGUCUUGACUGGGGAUUAUCUUUAUUUGUUAAGAUAAUUUUAAUGCUGCUGAUGGUGUAAGUUAACACAAUUUAUAGUUGAUGUUAACAAAGGUACUGUGGUCCCAUUUUUAAGGAAUCCUAUCAAAUGACAAGUGUAAGAUAUUUUUAAUAGUGCCGGCAUUAGCAAGAACACGCCUAUAGUUUAUUGUGGGUCAGACAGUUUUAAAAAAACGUCCCAGCAAAGUUGUAUGAUCAUCAUUUGCUGUAAUAUAUUGUUUUGUAUCAAGGACUGAAAGGGGUAAUAUCUAUAUGUUUAUAAUCUAAAUGAUGGCAUAGCUCUUAGUGGAAGUAUAUACGUCUCCACAAAUUUUGAUUUAAGAAGCACAUUGGAUUUUGCUGGUAGUUUUGAGUGGCACAUGGUUAUAAAGCCCAUUGCAAUCAGAUUGAGAAGCAAGCCAUUUCUAUAAUUGAAACAGGACUAUAAAUGUUUUAAUUUCUUUGUUAAGUCUAGUUUCUGUGAGAUGGAGUGUAUAAUUGAAGUGAAUUUUCUUUCAACAUUUCUGCACAUCUCUGAAUGUUAGUAAAUGUAAUGUUUAACAAAUAAGCAGUUUUGCAUGUCUCAACUAAUUAUCAUUUGUGUCUAUUUUAUUUUAUUUCAGCAUGACAAAUAGGUUUCCAUGGCCUCUACACAGUAUUGUGCUAACUUCAGUAUAUGAAAACUAUUCCUGUUAUUUGAAUGGAGACAAAAUAAAAAGUGUAGUCACUUUGUGUAGAUAGACUGAAGACGUUAUUGUCUGGUUUAUUUGAAGAGUGAAGAGCUAUUAUUCUUUUUCCACAUUGCACUCCUUGCAUUUAAGGUUACACAAUUAGAAUAUGUUGAUAUUUUUGGUAUGGUAGUGGUGAAAUACUCUCCAGUGUGCUUUCCAGUAUUUGCAAAAGACAAAUUUUAUGUAGAUCUUCAUUACAGGUUUAUGAUGUUGGAUCGGUGGAAAUAAACAGUCACUAAAUAAUGUGUUUACUAAUGUGAGGAAAGCAUCAAAUUUCAACUAUGUAGAAAUAUGCAACUUGAUCAAAAAUGUGCACAAAUUUGUCAGCAAAGUUGAGGAAAACUAAGGAAAAUUGAGUGCUAAAUUAUUCUGAAGCUUUUAUUUUGUUCAGAUGUAUUUUAAAAUGCUGAUUCAUUUCUUUUGUAUAGCAAUAGUUUGGUCUUCUGGUGCUUUCAUUUGUAAAAAGGUGUUAUUAACACCAGAAAUGAUAAUUGUAUAUGGAUUUUUAGUGUGUGCUUGGGUUUCACAAAUUAUUAGCAGACCAUAUGAUCAACACCUUGUACAGAUUUGGUUUUGAUUAGGUUCUAAUGGGGAAAAUUACUUGACCUGACUUUUGCAGCUGCAAUACCAAGAAUGUCAAGGCUCAUCAUUAUGUAAUGAAAUUGACAACUCUGGGGAUGUUAUUCUUUGAUAUGGAAAUUGAGUCUUUAACAGCAUAUGAAGCCAUAAUUUAUUCUCAGCAAACUGCUCCAAAAAUAACUAUAUUUUAUUAUAUGGCUUGUAAUAAUUGUUUCCAAUAAAUAUUUCAAAAUAUGUA